AUGGAGACCUCUCAGUCUCCGUCGGUGGCACACUAUGGCCACGUGAACUCAUCCAACCGCAGCCGAAUGGCGAUUGAUGCCUUGUUGAACCCGCCGAUAGACUCGUCAGUGGACGGCUACCUGGUGUCUCGUCCAUCAGACGGGCAGCAUCAUCAUCAUCAUCAUCAUCAUCAUCAUCAACAAGCACAAGCGCAUCUAAAACGACCACACUCGCCCGGUUCCAGCACAUCUUCAUCGAACUACUACUAUUCUCAGUACCGCGACUCAUCAGCAUCCUACACCGAUACGUCGGGAUCAACGCAGGACGCCAUGUUCAUGGCGUACCAGCCUCGGUCGACGAACUCGUCGCCAGACCCGUACUCGCGGGACCGCUACGACUCUGUCUCGAGCAGCUCCAGCAAUGCGGCGGAGAGACGGCGUCCGCCGCGUCCCAAAUACGAAGAAGAGGAGAUGUACUUCAUCUGGUACCACCGGGUUGACCUCUGCCAGGAGUGGAAGGAGGUCCGCGAGAGCUUCAACCGGCAGUUCCCCAGCCGCCAACGGCGCGGCUUCCAGGGCAUCCAGUGCAAGUUCUACCGCUUCAUCAAGGAGAAGAGGUGUCCGACUCUGCGGGAACAGAGACGCCUCCGCGAUGGAGAGUUCCUGCGCGAGGGUUCCCAUGGCUCAGACUCUGGGGCUCCAAGGUACGGAGUCAUCGAAUGGAUGGAAGAUUACUAUGAAGGUAUAGAAGAUUACUACUACUACUACUACUACUACUCUGAACCAGUGAUGGCAGUUGGACACGCCAAUACGGAGCGCCCGGAGCCAACUGACUCGAGCAGUAGUAUUGUUAGUAUUCCAGUAUUCCAGUAUUUCAGUACGGAGUAUAAUAAGGUACCGUACCUCACUGGCAUGAGUCAGCUAGACAGGAAGCCUUCCAGUAAGGUAAAUACAGAGUACUAG